CCGUAACCUGAUUUCUUCUUCUUCUGCUGACAAAGACCCAAAUCUGCUCCCCGACCCCGUCCUCUCUCCUCAGUCUCGGAGCCAGGGGCGAUCCGUCGACCUCGCCUCUCCGCCGCCGUAAUCUCCUUCUUCUCCGUUACUACCGUGAGCUGAGUGAGAUCGAUAAAGAGUGGAGGUCGCCAGUUCAGCCUCAAGAGUGAGGGGAGAGUCUCAGGCUUGGGAACCUUUUCCUUUGGACACAUAGCUUGAUAAAAGCAACACCCGGGUGUCGCUGAAGAAGCAUAGAUCGGGGAGUUUUCUUGGCCUGAGAAGUACAGGAGAGGAGAGUAGUGAUAGCAUGGCUUCAAAGCUUGUGGUUCUUGGAAUCCCUUGGGAUGUGGAUACAGAAGGAUUAAAAGAGUACAUGAGCAAGUUUGGCCCCCUGGAUGAUUGCAUUGUUAUGAAGGAUCGCUCAUCUGGUCGAUCUCGUGGUUUUGGAUACGUGACGUUUUCGUCAGUAGAGGAUGCAAAGAAUGUCGUUAACUCUGAGCAUAUUCUUGGAGACCGAACUCUGGAAGUGAAGAUAGCGACUCCCAAGGAAGAAAUGCGAGCUCCAGGAAACAAGAAAGCUACUAGGAUAUUUGUUGCUCGGAUUCCACAGUCUGUGGAUGAGUCAAUGUUUCGCAGGCAUUUUCAAACUUUUGGAGAAAUAACAGAUCUUUAUAUGCCCAAGGAACUGGGUUCAAAAGAACAUCGUGGAAUUGGGUUUGUCACUUUCCGAAGUGCAGAAUGCGUGGACAAUGUCAUGCAAGAAAAUCAUGAGAUUGAUGGUUCAACAGUUGUUGUUGAUCGUGCAACUCCGAAGGUCCGCAGGAUCAUGAUCCUAAAGAUGCUACAAUUAGCAUUCGGAUGCGACCAUGAUCCUAUAAAGGGCUUCUUUGGAACGAAGAAAUCGAAACACUCAGGGGAUGAAGAAGUCAGGCACCCUCCAAGGAGGGGGGGAGGAGCACAGGGCGAGGGUGGUUAUGGCUCGUAUAAUGCAUACAUUACAGCUGCUACCAGAUAUGCAGCUCUGGGCGUACCAACACUGUAUGAUCAUCCUGGACCAGCUUAUGGAAGAGGUUACUUGAAUGAGCCCCCUGUAUCAAGCAAAAAGAUUUUUAUUGGUAGACUCCCACAAGAAGCAAAUACUGAUGAUUUAUGGGAUUAUUUUGGCCGAUUUGGCAGAAUUGUGGAUGCAUACAUUCCAAAGGAUCCUAAAAAGAGCGGCCACCGUGGUUUUGGUUUUGUUACUUUUGCUGAGGAUGGUGUAGCAGAUCGUGUAGCGCGAAGAAGUCAUGAAAUUUUGGGACAGGAGGUUGCUGUAGACUCAGCUGCACCUGUUGAGGGUGGCCCCAGUCGAGGCGGUUACAUGGAACCACCUGCGCCACAUGGAGCUUACAGCCCGAUGAUGUCUUAUGGCCAGUUCUCUGGCAGUCUUGGUUAUGAUUGCCUCGUGCUACCAAGUGACCAGUUCUUGCUGGCUACCCAUCUUCUUUCGCCGUUGUCAAAGAGCAACCCGGCGUUCACGGCGUUCACGGCGGAGCUCGACGUCACACGGGGUUCAUCCUACGGCAGGUUCGUCUCCGGCGUGCGCGACCAGCUCGUGCUCCAUGCCGGCGCGACGCGCCACCUGGAGCUCGUCUUGCUUCCAGCCCAGUCCGAGGACCCCGGCAAGGCUCCAUGGUUCGGCGUCACGCUCCGUUGCGGCUCCGGGCGCUCGGCGCUGCUCCGCAUACGCGCAGACAACCUCUACCUCUCCGGUUACCGGAGCUCAGACGGUCUGUGGUCCGAGUUCCUCGGUGGCUCUCUCAUCGCCGGCGCGACGCCGAUUUCGUUCGGCGAUAGCUACGGCGACAUGGCGAGAGUGGCCGAGACGGCACUCGAGGCACUCACCCUCGGCAAGGAGGAGCUCCAAGCCGCGGCGGAGCGCCUCACGGCCAGCGCCGGCACUCAGCAGGAGAUCGCAAGAUCGCUGAUGACCAUGUCGGUGAUGGUUUGUGAGGCCAUCAGGUUCAGGAGCGUCGGCGGCGCGCUCAGCCACAUGAUGUGCAACGCUGCCCGGCGAGGGGUGCUGCCGGCGCACAUGGUCGAGCAGGUGAAGAACUGGAGGAGCCUGUCCGAGUACUGGCUCGGGGCCGUCCUCUACGCACAGCCGUUCCUGCCGUACAUAGAGGCCGACGGCAGCCAGCACUAUGGCCACAUCCCCCAGCACCUGCUCGCGCCGGCGAAGAUCGACUGCCAGGACCACGCCAUGAUGGCGCUCGGCGUCGCGCUGAACCGGCAGAGGGGGCUGCAGGACAAGCACCCGGCGGCCUUCGACGAGCAUUGGCGCGCCGUGCGCGCCCACGCUCGCAAGCUUGACAGGGAAAGAGCAUCUGCAUCCGGCACAUGAGUCGGAGGCUUGGA